CUGAGCGCUUCAUCUCCAAUUCAUUGUGUGGGCACAUCCGCUAGAGAGGCUGCAGGAGCCAUGAGCCGUAAAGUUGUGAGGACCAGUAAGUUCCGCCAUGUUUACGGACAGCCAGUCAAGGCCGACCAGUGUUACGAUGACAUCCGUGUGUCCCAGAUGACAUGGGAUGGAAACUUUUGCUCGGUCAACCCCUCGUUCCUGGCCAUUGUUGUGGAGGCCAGUGGCGGGGGAGCCUUCCUGGUCUUGCCGUUGUCCAAGACUGGUCGGCUGGAUAAGGCCCACCCGGUGGUCUCGGGGCACACAGCCCCCGUGCUGGAUGUGGAGUGGUGCCCUCACAAUGACCACGUUAUCGCCAGUGGCUCCGAGGACUGCACCGUGAUGGUCUGGUCAGUGCCUGAAGGCGGCCUGGUCCGGUCCUUGAACGACCCGCUGGUCACCCUCGAAGGCCAUUCCAAGAGGGUGGGGAUCAUCUCUUGGCACCCGACGGCACAGAACCUCCUGCUGAGUGCAGGCUGCGACAAUGUCGUGAAAGUCUGGGAUGUGGGGGUUGGGCAGGCGGCCCUCUCACUGGAGGAAAUGCAUCCGGACGCCAUCUACAGUGCGGCUUGGAACCAGGACGGGUCCCUGCUCUGCACAGCCUGCCGAGAUAAGCGUGUCCGGCUGUUUGACCCACGGGCCGGGGGCACCACCGCCAGUGAGUUGCCACGCCCACACGAGGGGUCCCGUCCAGUCCGGGUCGUUACGGUGAAUGAUGGCAAGCUUUUCACGACAGGCUUCAGUCGCAUGAGCGAGCGCCAGGUGGCUCUCUGGGACCCGAGAAAUUCUCAGGAGCCGUUGACUCUCCAAGAGCUCGACACAAGCAGUGGAGUUCUUCUGCCUUACUAUGAUCCAGAUACCAAUGUCAUUUACCUGACUGGCAAGGGCGACAGCAGCAUCCGCUACUUCGAGCUCACGGGAGAGGCGCCCUUCGUGCACUAUUUGUCCAUGUUUGGCUCCAAGGAGUCGCAGCGAGGCGGCGGGUGGAUGCCAAAGCGAGGCCUGGAUGUCAGCAAAUGCGAGAUCGCCAGGUUUUACAAGCUCCAUGAGAGGAAGUGUGAGCCCAUUGCUAUGACCGUGCCUCGGAAGUCAGACCUGUUCCAGGAAGACCUGUAUCCUGAUACAGCCGGCCCGGAUGCUGCACUGACAUCGGAGGAGUGGCUCUCGGGCAAGAACGCUGACCCCAUCCUCAUCUCACUCAAGGAGGGCUACACUCCCCAGAAGAGAGAGUUUAAGGUCAACCCGACCCUGCUUCAGGGGCCCAAAAGAAGCCAGCACCUUCAUGAAGGAUCAUUACAGGGGGGUCCAGCUUUAGAACAGCUAUCCGAGGACCUGAAGCGGCUGCAGGCCACUGUCUCGGAACAAGAGCGACGCCUCUCCGAGCUGGAGAAGAUUAUGAAGAAGUAACUCCCUUUCUCCCUGCUCAUGCAGUCCUUCAUAAGCGCUGGACUUGGUUUCACUGGUAUUUUUAAAGUCCUUUUAUCUCAUGGGUGGAUCCUCAGGGCAUUAUUAAGUUCCACCCAUCCCAAACUCAGGGCAGAAACUCAACUUCCCAGUUACAGACACCCCCCGCCCUUGCCUCGCUAGGGCCCUCCUCCUGCCUCGGUGUUGCCAAGCUCUCCCUGCCCCCCAGAAAGGGCUAAGCCCCCAGGAGAUCAGGAGAAGAAAGUAGCCCCCCCCCUCACAACCUGCAUGCUCUUCCCCCCACCCCCUUUGCUUGCAGCUUCCCCUGGAAAUUAUUCCCUUCCGCAGGACUUUUUGGGAAAUGCUUUUGGACCACCUCCUUUGCUCUGCUUUUGAGGGCAGGGGUUGCACCGUACAUUUUAACGAGGGCUGCAUUGUAUAGCUGAAAGGUCAGGUAAACAUUUUUAUUAGCCAGUGUGCAUUUUAGUUUGUCAUGUUAAAUUACAUAUAUACGCAAAAGUUUCUAAAAGCUGCAGAUGGCAAGAAUGCAGAAGAGUUAUUUCUCCUUUGCGCGUGAUAGGAAAGGACAUCUUAAAUGCGUGCUGUGGCGCAUGUGUGCAUUGUUUAAUAAAACUCUGCUUGUUUAGAACUAUC